AUGCAUUGUAAAGACAAAUGUUGCGAAUUCAGCAUACAAAAAAUAGUGUGUUCGAACAGAGAAAAAUUACCAGUUAACUUACAAAAAGCUUUAAAUAAAAUUGCGCAAGGAGAAGGUUACUUAUACCACGAAAUAUUCAAUAGAACUAUUUCUACAGAGGGUGGAAACUAUAUGGCCGUACUGUACGAAGUUGAUAUUAAAGGAAAAACAUCUGAAGGAGAAAAAGAAACGAAUAUUUUCAUUAAAUAUAUUAUAUCGAAUGAACAUAUGAACAUAUUUGAUAUUUCGGAACUAUAUUUUAAGGAGUUAUUUUUCUAUAGAGAACUGAGUGAAAUUUAUACAGAACUUCAAAUCGAAGCAGGGGUGCCUUUAGAUGAAAGGUACAAAGUUGUCAAAUCUUACAGUGAAAGUAGCACGGAAGCCAUAAUACUGCAAAAUGUUGCAAAAGAAGGCUUUGCUACAUUUUAUAGAAUGGAUGUAAUGCCUUUGAAGUUUGCUGAAUUGGCUGUGCAACAACUGGCCAUGUUCCAUGGUCUGAGUUUUGUCACACAACAAAAAAGGCCUGAGUAUUUUGAAAGGAAAAUCAAAACACUCAAACAAUGCUUACAAUUUAACGACAGUUUUAAAGCUUUUUCUAGAAGAAUGUUCAACUACUCAGUUGAAGGUUUGGAUACAGAAUUAAGGAAAAAAUUAGAACAAGCACUACCCGAAUUAUUAGAAAAUUACAUAAAGUACUUAAAUGGCGAUAAAACGAAAGUAAAGUGUUUAUGUCAUGGUGAUUACAGAAUCAACAAUAUAUUAAUGAAAUUAACGGAAGGUGAUGUAACUGAAGUAAUACCUGUGGACUAUCAACUUUUAUACUACGGAUCUCCAAUAACGGAUUUUAUAUAUUUUAUUUUUGGAGCCACUGAUAAAGAAUUUCGUAGGAAUCAUUUAAAACACUUGAAAGAUAUGUAUUUCGAAACAAUGCACAACUUCGUUAAAAAUUUUGAAAUCGACAUAGAUUCAGUUUAUCCAAGAAAAGAGUUUGAAAGGGACUACGUUGAAUGCUUCGAUUAUGGUCUGCAAGUUGUGCUAUUUAUAAAACCUCUUGUCUUUGCACUCGAGAGUGAUGUACCUGAUUUUAGUAAAAGUGAAAUUGCUGACAUAAAAGUAAAACUUGAUCAUAGAUACUAUGACAGAUUACAAGGAGUUGUCGAUGAUAUGAUUCAAUAUGGUAAAUUAUAA